UGCUCCCACCCGGCGUGUCUGCCGGAGUCAGCUGCUCCUUGAUGUCAGAACCUGCUCCGGGCUCGGCGGGGCGGGAGCGGAACGGAGCUCAGCCGAGCCGCAGCCCCCGCUCGCCGGCUGAGGGAGCGCUCCUGCCUCCCGCACCCUGCGGGGAAAGCGCGGGGGGCCCAUCCCAUCCCACCGCGGACCCGCCCGGGGAACUUCCCAAACUUUCUUUCUCCGUCCCGGGACUCGCUGCCAUGGCCCCCGGCAACUCCUCCCGCAACUUCUCCGCGCCGGAGGCUCGGAACGGCUCAGCAGCAGAGAAGCCAGCACCGUACACCAACGUGAUCAUGCCCAGUCUCUUCAGUAUCAUCUGCUUCCUGGGCAUUGUGGGGAACCUCAUUGUCAUCUACACUAUUGUUAAGAAGAAGAAGCUGAGAUGCAAACAGACCGUGCCCGACAUUUUCAUCUUCAACCUCUCCAUUGUGGACCUCCUCUUCCUCUUGGGCAUGCCCUUCCUCAUCCACCAGCUCCUAGGCAAUGGCUCAUGGUACUUUGGAGCUCCCCUGUGCACCAUCAUCACUGCCCUGGACACGAACAGCCAGAUCACCAGCACCAACAUCCUCACAGUGAUGACACUGGAUCGUUACCUGGCAACUGUUUACCCCCUAAAAUCUACCUACAUCCGGACCCCGUGUGUGGCAGCCCUCGUUAUCUGCUUGGUGUGGCUCCUCUCCUUCCUGACCAUCAUUCCCGUGUGGAUGUACGCCGGUCUUAUGCCUCUGGAGGAUGGGACCGUCCGCUGUGCCCUCUUGCUUCCCAACCCAGAGACUGAUAUCUACUGGUUCACCCUCUAUCAGUUCAUGCUGGCAUUUGCUGUGCCUUUGAUCAUCAUCUGUGUGGUGUAUUUUAAGAUCCUCCAGCACAUGGCCACCACCGUGGUCCCACUGCCCCAGAGGAGUCUCCGGGUACGCACGAAGAAGGUGACCCGCAUGGCAGUUGCCAUCUGCUCCGCCUUUUUUAUUUGCUGGGCUCCCUUCUACAUCCUCCAGCUGGUUCACCUUGGCAUUGACACACCAUCCAUGGCCUUCUUUUAUGCCUACAACUUUGCCAUUAGCUUGGGCUACGCCAACAGCUGCCUCAACCCCUUCCUCUACAUUGCCCUCAGCGAGACCUUCAAGCGCCAGUUCUUGGUGGCCAUCCGCCCUGCAAAAGAGCCCUGUCGCAACAGCAGCUCUGCCAACAACAACAGCAUGACAGAGGCCAGUGUGUGUCUGAAACUGGCACCAGAAUCCACCCAGCAGACUCAGUUUCUGGAGGAGUUUUCCCCACGGUCAGUGCCGGUGACGGUGGCUGUUCACUAGGGCACUCUGAAGUGCCCACAGCAGAAAGACUUCAGGUCUGUAGGUGGAUGGAGAAGCAGCAGCUUCAGGCAGGCUUUUGGAGAAGCAUAUGGACUACAAAUUUCCACCUCCAAGAGCCCUUUUUCACUGCAGGGCUCUGCUCCUACACUGCCCCCAGCCUAUAAGAUGCUGUGUACUGCUGCUUCUUUCACUGUGCAUGGGAGAACUCUGUCACCACGGGCCCGAAGAGGAUGAAUGGAAAAGAGAUAAAGGACAAAGAGGAUUUCCAAGGGGAAUAUUCAUGCUGGAAGAGUAAAACCCCUAUCAACACUGCCCAAUGAUGCCUCUUGGCCCGACUGGGGUUCCUAAGCAGCUUGUCAAUAGAGCUUCUUCAUUCAAAACUUGAGCCUUUGAUUCACAAUGUCAUAUAUUUAUAAGAAAUCUGCAAACUUUGAUGGCUCUGCUGAUAUCCCAGAAGCACACAGCAGAGAAAGAUCUUGGGGCCAGAAGUCUCACCCAGACUUGGCCUUUCAGUCCAGUUCUGUCUGCCUCCAGUGGGCUUUAUUGUUUGGCGAGCUAGACACCUUCAGGAAUUGGUUCAUUUUGAUGCUAAUUCUAAAUAUUUCAAGCAAAAUCAGGCAGAUAAUAUUCACACUGCUUCAAGGGACUGCAAAAAAUUCUCAAAACCACCGCUGCUAACACCAGCUUUGUGGCUUUUCAUGCCAAUGAGCAGAUUUUCACAGCGCUAGUUCCUCAUGCUGCUCUUGUGCCUCACAGUCUGCAUGGCCUUUGGGGAACCCCAGGCAGAGGGUUUUAAACAGGACUAAAAAACACAAUGUGCAGAGCUCUGCAGAGCGAGGAGCUGUGAAAGAGCAGCUCAGGGAAAACAGAGUUGCUUACGCAGCUUCCUCAAAAUAACAAAUGCUUCACACAAAGUUAAGAGAGGGAAAAUUAAAUGUCUGUGUGUUGUAUAUGCAGCUUUAACAGUCGGAGGUUAGGAAAUAACUUUGCUCAUUAUAAAGACUAGAGAAAAGACAGCACAGAUCAGCUAAAAGCAGGGAUUACACCAACAGCCUGUGCUGGGCUCCACAGGGACACACAUUGUUCAACACUUUGUCAAACAUGAAGGAACUGGUUACUGUAGAUGGAUUUACUAUAAAGAAUUAAAGACAUCAAACAGUUCAAAGGCAUUUGUUACCAUGCUUAUGGUCUCACGGCAGCAGCCACCCACGAUAUACCCAGAACAGAAACUCAGCCUUACACAGCCACACAGCAAAACCGUGUCACCUGCACAGGAUUUUCUAAGCCAGGCAGGCACUUACAGGUGCACCCAGUGCACACACAUCACACUUGCAGGUGUUUUAAAGUACAGCCAGUACUUCAGCCUGUAGAGAACACACAGCCGUUCACUCACCUCUGGCGAUCAAAGCAGGCAGGUGUGCAACACCAGCAAACUUUUGGCAUCGUCAGGUGCAGCACAUUGCUUUUUGAUUCACCAAACAGAUCUCAGAACAGAGUCUCUGUCUCUCUCACCCCAGGUUCUGUCAGCCUGUGCCCUCCGUGGUGGCAGCACAUCCACACCAUGACCGACGGUACCGUGUCGGUUUUUCCCCGGGCAAUAAAACCAGACACAUCAGGAACUUUCAAGCUUUAUGACCUGAAAAUCCUUCCCCUUUUUAACUGCCAGGAAUUUUCACCUGCUGUUUUUCAUGGAGCUGCUCUGCUCUUUGGUCAGUGCUUUCCCUGAAGGGCUCCAGAGCGAAGGUCGGGGAAGACGUGGGCUGUGCCAGCCAGACCUGCCCUCAGGACAAGAGAAGCUGUUGUGUUACCUUUCUCCCAUGAGGAAGUGAAGGGAAGAACUGGCACACUUUGCUGGGAAAGGAGGUGAUAAAUACUGGGUGGGUUUUUUUCCUCUAAUACCAGUCAUAAGGAAAGUAUGAGUGAAGUGAAAACAGACUGAAUUACUGGGGAUCUCAGACAGCAGCACGUUGAAGAUUUUAUCUUAUUCACACAGUAAAGAUGUUUAUGGUUGAA